CCCACGGGGAACUCUCGACACAACAUCAACCUCUCCAAAACCACCGCUUCCCCGUUGCCACUACCCACAUAUUCCAGCUGGGUGUUUAUGCUGUAACACCACCACUAGCGUUAUUUCGAAAUUGACCUCUUCCGUCGGCCCUUCAUGGCGUCCGAUUCACGUCACCCCGCCAUCAAUGCGGGCAACCACAAGGGCUAUAUGGAAUAUGCACUCCUGCAGGCCCAGCUCUCGCCUCCAGGACCAACAAACUUUUGUGUCGGGGCCGUCCUCGUCGAUUCAGACAGGAAUGAGAUAUUAUCGGCUGGCUACACGAAGGAGCUGCCAGGAAAUACACAUGCCGAACAGUGCUGCUUCAUGAAGGUGGCACAACAGCACAACCUCCAGGAGGAGGAGAUAAGUCAAGUGCUGCCGAAAAACACUGUCCUGUACACGACGAUGGAGCCUUGCAACGAGAGAUUGAGUGGAAACCGGACGUGUGUGGAGAGGAUACUGAGGCUGAACGGCGCGAUUAAAGUGGUUUACGUUGGAGUUCUGGAACCAGAAAAGUUUAUCGGACAGAAUCUAGGUAGGAAAAAGCUUGAAGAUGCAGGUGUUCAGGUUACGAUUGUUGAAGGUCUCAAGGAUCGGAUUUUGGAGGUUGCCACUGCAGGUCAUGAUAAACCGGCCGAAUGAUGCCGCCCGACCAUUAUUACUGGAAGCUGGCACCGAUUUGGAAGAAAAUUACGAACCAGGCUUUCACUUUAUCGUAUAAAAUGGAAGUGACUGUCAGCGCCAAGUGAUACUAAGAACUAUGCUUGGGGUAUUCUUCACGGAGAUUCUACGUUGGCUUGGAGUCAAAGGACCAGCCUCCAAGUUUGGCGUGUUAAUCUUCCGUCGGAUUACCAAGGGGUAUAACUCCAUCUUCUCGCUUCUCGAGGGUGGGAGCCUGGCUCUUCAGCCAGUCAGUGUUGCCGGGCUUGACACGAGCUGGAUAUCUGCCGCCUUGACAUACCCUACUGCAGUUGGGCGUUGCUCUCAGUGACGAAGGGGAGCAUCCGGUCUGCUGGGUAGCCAAUGGCCAGCACAAUGCCUUAAAAUCCGAAGGGCCGAAAAGUUGGGGCUAUGGUGAGGCCGUGGAUUUGUAAAACUGUCGCCAUACCAACUAGUUUAGUAUAAAAUAAAACACAAUCAGUUAGCAUAGUUGAUACUUCGCUCUAGAGUGUUUUAUAAAACUUUGUGUAAGCUUUUAGACUUGAAUGGUUACUUGGAAAUGGC